CGAAGUUAAUGCCAUCUUUUCAAGGUGGUUCUGAGUCUGUUCCGCAUUGCGCUGCCGCUCCGAGCUUUUUGGGUCUGCUCUUGGGGCCCGCGACCAACAGGCGAUCGACUUAGGAGAAAAAUCGCGGCGAAGAGUAGAGGAAUCGAGGCUCCGUGGUCUACUCUGCUCAGCCAGCUGCGUGCAGCUGCAGCCACUCCAAGGAAGGCCCUUGACUGACUCACAAUACGUGUCCAUGUAGGUGAGAGACAUCACUGGCCACCCUUUCAUGUCCUUUUUUCUGCCUUCCAAGGAGUUCUGCCAGGCACAGUUCUUCCCAAGAUUCUGCACAUCUCAGGAAUCUGUACAUCCCUAGAAGUAGGAAGAAACAUGGCCACAUUCGAGGAAGCAGUGACCUUCAAUGACGUGGCUGUGGUCUUCACCAAGGAGGAGCUGGGCCUGCUGGACUCUACUCAGAGGAAGCUUUACCGAGAUGUGAUGGUGGAGAACUUCAGGAACCUGCACUUCAUGGGAGGCAAGGUGCAAAGUGAGCUAGAGACUCUCCCACCAGCAGAACCAAUUGAAACACUUUCCUACUGGAAAAUCUGGAAACAAAUUACAAGUGACUUAACCAAGUGUCGAGUCUCCACAAUAAAUAGUACUCAGUUUCCCAAACAAGAUGAUUCAUCCUGCCAGGUUGGGACAGGACUAUCUAUAAAUCACACAGGACAGAAACCUUACCAGUGUAAUGAGUGUAAAAAAACCUUCAGUGAUCUCUCCAGCUUUAAUCUUCAUCACUGGUUGCACUCAGGAGAGAAGUCACAUAUAUGUUGUGAGUGUGGCAGAAGCUUCCGUUAUAGCUCAGCUCUUCAUAUUCAUCAGAGAGUUCACUUGGGAGAGAUACGCUAUAAGUGUGAUGAGUGUGGAAAGGAGUUCAGUCAGAGCUCACAUCUGCAAACUCAUCAGAAAGUCCACACCAUAGAGAAACCAUACAAAUGUGAGCAGUGUGGGAAAAGCUUUGUUCGUAAUUCAGGACUUAAGAUUCAUUGCAAAAUCCACACAGGAGAAAGACCUUAUAAUUGUGAGGAAUGUGGGAGGGCCUUCAUUCGCGCUUCGUAUCUUCAAGAACAUCAAAGAAUCCACGCUGGAGAGAAACCGUUCAAAUGUAGCACAUGUGGUAAGAGCUUCCGUCGUAGAUCAGCGCUUAAUCGUCACUGCAUGGUUCACACGGGAGAGAAACCUUACAAAUGUGAGGUGUGCGGGAAGGGCUUCAUUUGCAGCUCAAAUCUUUCUCUCCAUCUGAGUGUCCACACUGGAGAGAAACCUUAUAAGUGUGGUGAAUGUGGUAAAAGCUUCAUUCAGUCUUCACAUUUUCAGGCCCAUCAGAGAACCCACACUGGAGAGAAGCCAUACAUAUGCAAUGUGUGUGGUAAGGGUUUCAUUUACAGUUCAUAUAUUCAGGUUCAUCAGAGAGUCCACACUGGAGAGAAGCCUUACAAAUGUGAAGAGUGUGGAAAGAGCUUCAGGAUGAAAAUCCAAUAUCAAGUUCAUCUGGUAGUCCACACAGGAGAGAAACCAUUCAAAUGUGAGGUGUGUGGGAAGGGUUUCCGUCAGAAUUCAUAUCUUAAAAUCCAUCAGAAGGCCCACAGUGUAGGGAAACCUUUUAAGUGUGAGGAGUGUGGACAAGGCUUCAAUCAGAGUUCACGACUUGAAGUUCACCAGCUGAUCCAUACUGGUGAGAAACGGUACAAAUGUGAAGAGUGUGGAAAGGGCUUCAAUCGUAGAGCAGAUCUUAAAAUCCACUGUCGAAUCCACACAGGAGAGAAACCCUAUAAUUGUGAGGCAUGUGGGAAGGGCUUUAGUUGGCCCUCAAAUCUUCUGACCCAUCUGAGAAGCCACAGUGGAGAAAAACCAUUUAAAUGUGAAGAGUGCGGAAAGCGCUUCAGUCAGAAUUCACUGCUCCAAGCCCAUCGAAGGGUCCACACUGUAGAAAAACCAUUCAAGUGUGAGGAGUGUGGGAAGAGCUUCAAGUGGAAUGUGAAUCUUGCCAUACACCAGAGAGUCCACACAGGAGAGAAACCAUACAAAUGUGAUGUGUGCGGUAAUGUCUUCAGUCAGUGUGGACAACUUCGACAUCAUCUUAGAGUUCACACAGGAGAGGAACCUUACAAAUGUGAUAUCUGUGGUAAGAUCUUCACCUGGAAAACAAGUCUUGUAAAUCAUUACAAAAAGUAUCACCAAAAUGCAAACUGAGCCUCAUGAUAAAUUUUAUGAAAGCACUGAGAGUGGUAAGAACAUCACAGAAUCCUUACAGGAAAGAUGUUCUAUCAAAUGAUGUUUUUAAAAAUCUCAUGUGCAAACUGAAUAUUUGUAAUCCUCAGGUCUCAGAGGAGGGAAAACACUUAUUAAAGUCAGUGUUUCCGCCAGAGCUCACCAUUUCCCAGGGGUCAAGAGACCACACAGCAGAGAAUCCUUGUAAGUGGUACAGUAACUAAGCUUCACUUGGCUCUGAUAUUUAUCAGAUAUCACCCAGGUUACCUUAGAAAGAUAACAGUUUGAUAUUAGGCCUUUUACAAAACUAUAAUGAUGAACAUGCUAAGAAUGUCGUCCAAGAGAAUGUAACCUCUACAAGGGCAGGAACUUGGCUGCACAACCUUAACACUGACUAGUACUUUGUUGGUGCACUCAGUACUUAUUUGUUAAAUGAAUCAAAAGGAGAAAAUGUAUGGUAUUUGAAAGUUACAUCCGGAAGAAGAAACCUGCAAAAGUAGAUAAUCCAGAAAAACAACCAUUAGUCGAAAUGCAGAAAACCACUUGGUACUGGUAAUCUGCAUUUUUAAUAUUGCUACUGGUUCCUGUCCCUUUCCAACUCUGUUCUCAAGUUGGGUCUUAUUAUUUGGGGCUCUUUCUAGUGUUCCCUCUUUGUUUACAGUGUACAUUCAGCUAUCUUUUGUGAUUUUUCUAACAGAGUGAAAGAGUUUUGUUAUCCUUCAGUAACAGGACACUGCGUAUUAUGCAAUUGAAUUUCGUUUCAACAGUGUUAAGGCAGGGUUUACUGUAAUAUUUUGAAAGUGUCAGAAAUAGUUACCAGUGACAAAAAUUUUCUAAGUCAACCUUGAUCAUUGAUUUCUGAUCUGCAUUUCCCUCCAGAAUUUGAAACGAUUUUUUUUCUAAUUGAUGUAUCUUUUCUUUUAUCAAAACUUCUCAGGUUAGGGACUCUGCUAUAUUUGAAGGACAUGUAUAUUAUCUAGUUCCAUACCCUUUUGUCUUCCCCCAAUAAAUACCAAAAAAAUUAGUUGGAAUUUGGCAGUUUCUCCGCAUGUGUUUACUAUUGGGUCAGGACUGACAUUUACCUGCUUUUUCCUAUUGGUAGCAGUAAAAGCAUGGCUUUUGGAAAGGGAAAUAUAGUGUAUAAUGUGCAUCUCUUUGAUCUAGAAAUCAUAUACUAGGAGUUAAUGGUUAUGUGAUUAAAACAUCAGGAAGAUGAAUACCACAUCAAUGAUAUCACUGAGUUUUUUAAGCAUCAAAAUAGCAAGUGUUCAUCUGUAGGAAUUUUGGUUUUGAUAUAUUCCUAAAAUGACCUGAAUCUAUUAAAAUGAUGGCAUAAAUCUGUAAUGACAGGAGGAAAGCAUAAUAUGGGAUUUGGGAAAUCAUCGAUUGUAACUUUCAUGAUUAAUUAAACUCAUAAAUAAGUGUGUGCAUGUGAUAGUGUGCAUAUUGUACACGUGCAUGUACAAGCUUGUGUAAAGGGACACUCACUGUCAGUGAUUUUCUGUGGAAAGAGGCAUUUUGUGGGUUUUUCUAUUUUAGAAUUUCAUAAAUUUUUAUCCUUUCAAGAUGUAGAACCAGUUAAGGACAAAGCAGGUGUGGAAGCCAUUCCUUACUCCUCAUACACCAUGGUGAUAUUUUAAGUGUAUUUGGUUAAUGGGCUUUAUUCAGCCAAGUGUAUCUAAUAGGGGAGACAGCUGAUUUUCUGGACAUCCUUUCACAGGAUGAAGGCCUGGUGAAGGCCCAUGGAGUGUCAGGAGUACCUAAAGGUACCCCUAGGUUCUGUGAUUUCACUAACAGCAGUCACGAGACACAGUCUGUAGUUGUACUCAUGACUGAUUUAUUAUAGGGAAAUGAGCACAGAGCCAAGACACAUGGGUUGACGUCUGUGGGAAACCAAGCACAAGCUUUCAGGGGUUCUCUCCCCAGGUGUACUCAAUUUUUAUCUCAGCAUCGAAUUGUAAUGUGUACAUGUGUGAUGUCUACCAGGCAAGCUCAUUAGAGACCCAGUUCUCAAGAUUCACACUGGGGAGGUGUGUCUGCUUAGUACGUACCAAAAGUUCAGACUCCCAGAAUUAAGCAGGUGUUUAAUAUAGAUGUUGUUUUUACAAAUUAUUUAGGCACAGUGAGCCACUCAUAUCAGGGGAUGGUGGGAAACUUCCCAAAAUUCCAAGUUCCCAGACACCAGCCAAGGGCCAACCUAGCAACAGGCCUUUCUAAGGACAGCGGCCUUGGGCCUAUCUUAACUCACACCUGCACCGAUGGCAUCAGAAAUCCAGGGCCUUCAAUUGGUCUUUGG